AUGACGGAAGAAGAAGAGGUAAACCAGGUAAUACAAAAUUUGCAGCAUUGGGGCCAAUUGGCAGAGGAUAUCCAAACCCGCAACGUGGAAGUGGCUAAAGUUUCCAUCAGGAUCCCACCAUUCUGGCACGCAAGGCCAGAACUGUGGAUGGCGCAGGUCGAGUCACAAUUCAUCGCUGCAGGUAUAACGAGUGACAAAACAAAAUACCACACCGUCGAGGCCGCGAUCGAAAGCAACGUGCUAGCCCAAAUAAGCGACAUAAUUCUUAAUCCACCGAACAGUGAACUGUACACCACGCUAAAAAAUCGAAUAAUAACACAAUUCGCGGACUCGGAGCAAAAACGUGCAAAAAAGCUACUGCAGGAAGAAGAGCUUGGUGAUAGCGGUAGCGAGAUCAACGAUAAUAUACUAAAGUCCAUUUGGAUGAGUCGGUUACCUUCCAACAUGCGACUAAUAAUUUCCAUUAGCAACGAACCGCUCGACAAAGUUGCCCUGCUCGCGGACAAAAUAUGUGAGGUUAGUGACACCCCACACGUACACGUGGCCGAAACUCCAGAUACAGCAACACGCAAUCAAUCCAGCAUCGAGCAGCAGCUAGCCGAAAUCACGAAAGAGAUAGCAUCAAUAAAGGCGAACAUAAAUCGUCGGUCUAGAAGUCGCAGCAGAAGCCGUCCUCCGUCACGUUCCGGUAUGCAAAACAACAAUUCGAAUGGUUUGUGCUGGUACCAUCACAAAUUUGGUAACGAUGCCAAAAAAUGUCGUAGCCCUUGCGUGAAAAAGUUAAACUAA